AUGGCCGCAGUGAACGAAAAGACCGACUCUCAGUUCCAUGAAACGGUCCCCACUGGUGAUGGCGAUGUGGGCGAUGCCAUUGAACUGGCCCAGCAAGUGGCUGCAGCCAAGUAUAGCCCUUGGACCGCGAGUCUGUUCCGGCUGUACGGCUGUCUGCUGAUUGCGUAUCUCUGUGGCUGUCUGAAUGGCUACGAUGGAUCGCUCAUGGGCAGUUUGAACGCGAUGCAGAGCUACCUGGACUUCUUUCAUAUGAAAUCCGCCGGUUCUAGUACAGGACUCGUUUUCGCCCUCUACAACAUCGGUUCCAUCCCCGCCGUGGUCCUUUCAGGUCCAGUCAAUGACUAUCUGGGCCGUCGCGCCGGCAUGUUUACCGGUGCAGUCAUCAUCAUCAUAGGCACAUGCAUCCAGGCCCCCUCGGUCAACCAUGGUAUGUUCAUGGCCGGUCGAUUUAUCCUCGGUUUUGGCGUGAGUUUCUGCUGUGUCAGUGCGCCUUGCUACGUUAGCGAAAUGGCGCACCCGGCUUGGAGAGGCACUCUGACUGGUCUGUACAACUGUACCUGGUAUAUCGGGUCAAUUGUCGCUAGUUGGGUGUCAUACGGCUGUGCCAAUGUCCAUGGCGCUAUCGGGUUCCGCAUCCCCAUCUGGUGCCAGCUUAUUUCGUCCGUGAUUGUCGCCUUGGGAGUCUGGUUUCUACCGGAAUCGCCACGGUGGCUUAUGGCGCAGGACCGCGUUGAGGAUGCCGUCAGAGUGCUGGCCACAUACCACGGAGAAGGCGACCGUAACCAUCCCAUGGUCACCCUUCAGAUCAAGGAGAUGCGGCAUCAGAUUAUGACCGACGGCUCGGACAAGAAAUGGUGGGAGUACCGAGAGCUGUUCAACACGCACUCUGCGCGUCGAAGGCUGAUCUGUGUCGUUGGUAUGGCGUGCUUUGGACAGCUGUCGGGUAACUCGGUCACCUCCUACUAUCUGCCCAACAUGGUGGCCAACGCCGGGAUCACGGAUGAAAAGACCAAGCUGAUGCUCAACGGCAUCUACCCAGCCAUUUGCCUGGUGGCAGCGGUUACAGGGGCCCGCUUGACAGGCAAGAUUGGCCGCCGUCCCUUGAUGAUCUACUCGCUGCUUUUCUGCUCGGUGGCAUUUGCGGUCAUUACGGGAACCUCGAAGAUGGCGACAGACCAGCCGGACAAUAAGAAUGCGGCCAACACGGCCAUCGCAUUCAUCUACCUGUUCGGUAUCGUCUUCUCAUUUGGCUGGACCCCAUUGCAGAGCAUGUACAUUGCCGAGACUCUCACGACAACCACCCGCGCCAAGGGUACUGCCGUUGGCAAUCUCAUGUCCAGCAUCAGCAGCACCAUUAUCCAGUAUGCGUCCGGGCCGGCCUUUGACAAGAUCCACUACUACUUCUACCUGGUGUUUGUGGGCUGGGAUCUGGUCGAGGCGGUAGUCAUUUGGUUCUACUUCCCUGAGACUAAGGAACGAACUCUCGAGGAACUGGCCGAGGUGUUUGAGGCGCCCAAUCCAGUCAAGAAGAGUCUGCAGAAGAGAGAUAUCAAUUCUGUCUUGAACACACUGGAGGUUGAGGGAGAUACCAAGGCGUACAAGAACAAGAGCGAUCUGAUUCUCGAGGUGACUGUUCGCUCAGAGCGACUGCUACAGGAGAUGUCGGCUCAAUUGGCCAGGGUGUCAGGAUUGCUGGACAACAAACCGUCAUCGCAAUAUCAUACAUCUCCAACGGCCAUAAUCUCUCCUUCCACAGUCAAUGCGGGUCACCGUCCCGACAGCCCUGGCGACCACAUCUCCAACGCCACCCUGUCAGCCUUUCAUGCCUCCACUACCGAGUCCAUCCUGGCAUGGCCGCACUUCAACGACUUUCAGUCUCUGCGGGAAGACCACAGUUUCUCCGUCUUCCAUCUGGAGUCCAGUCGUGCGCCACUCGCGCCCCGUCCAGCAACGGUCCAUCCCUACGCCAGCCGAAGCGAAGUCGACCGCUUAGUGCAUAGUUUCCAGCGCAACGUCAAUUUUUGGUAUCCCACCCUGUCUCUAGCCCAGACGGCCGAGGUACAGGCGCACAUAUGCACGGGCGUGUUUGACGACAGCAUCAAAUCCUGUCUGGCCCUGUUGGUGAUGGCCCUGGGGUGCGCGAGUGAACUGAUCUGCUCGUAUGCGGCCAAUGAAGAUCCAGACUCGGAAGAGCUGGAGCUCCGCAGUCAUCGUCGAGCGAUGGGCGAGAUCUAUUUCGAUUGUGCGUUCAAAAAGAUCUAUCUGGCGCAGACCGAGUGCUCCGUGGAUGCCGUGCAAUCUUUAUUUUUUACAGCCAUCUUCUUUGCAUUUCUUCAACGCCCCCUGCAAGCGUGGUCGUUCAUCCACGCCACUGCCGCCAAAUGCCGUCUCCUCUUAGCGUACCAUAACCCCGACGCCAACCCGGAAGAGCAGGAGUGUCUCCGCCGGAUCUUCUGGUCUUGCUACAUCUUAGAAAGUGACUACCUUGCCGAGCUCUCCGCACUCCCGCAAACCGGCAUCGCCGACAUCGAGUCCUCCAUCCCCCUACCAGGAGAAUACCAAACCCACCACUCGCGAACUGACGAGGAACAAUCCUCGCUCUACUUCCUCGCCUGCAUCUCCAUGCGCCGUCUCCUCAAUCGCGUCCACAACCUCCUCUACGCCCGCGACACCGGCGUCGCCUUCGACAACCACCAGUUCCCCUCCGUCGUGGCCGAACUCGCCCACCAGCUCGAGGAAUGGAAGGACCUGCUCCCUCCCCCGUUCCAGUUCACCGUGGACCUUCACCCGCAGGCACGCCCCGCAGGCGCAUUUCUCCGACAGCGCUAUCUAACCUGCAAGAGCGUCAUCUACCGCCCGUACCUCACCUGGGCGCUCUCCAUGACCGCCACCGCGACGGUGGAGCACGUCCCGUCCGCCGUGUUCGAAGGGUGCAAGGUCUGCCUCGAGGCGUGCUGGCUGCACGCGCAGAACCUGGGGAGUUUUCCGCACACGGUGCUGGUGGAUACGUGGAUCUGCUCGUUGUCGAUGGCGAGUGUCAUGUUGAUUACGCUGGCUGCGUCGCGGCGUACGGCGCUCAGGGGCUGCCUGUCGCCGGAAGUGGCGGAGAUGGGACCCCAUCUGGCCAAGCUCCUGACGCAGUGGAUGCAUAUUCCCGGCCAUGGCGUGUCGCCUAGUGUUUUGCAGGGCGUGAAGCUUAUUGGUGAUGCGGGGGUGUUGUUGAGGAUGAGAUUGGGGUGA